AUGGGGAAUUCUGCGUGCUGCGGCUUCGAAGAGGAGGACAAGGCAAACGUGACGCUGCAGCAACUGGCGCUUGCGGGCUUGAAGGAUGUGCCGCCUCGGGUGUACGCAGCAUGGCUACAGAAGUACACUGAGGGUAACACUGUGGAGGUCCUGUUUCCCGAUGGCCAGCGGAUAGAGUGCAGGUUGACUUUGGACUCAGCGAAGAAAACCCUGACUUUAUCUUUCAAGGAGAAGGUGAGGCCUAUACCGUACAAAGAUAUUGACUCGUGGAUCUAUGGACCCUCAGCGGUGGACCAGGCCUCAGCCGACGCAAAGCUGCUCAAAGACCCCAAGGUUGUGGGCUUCAGACUCUCAACUUCUGGCCGAGCCAUCGCCGUGGCCUUCGACACCACAGACAACGCCAUUUGCUUCGUCAGGUUUCUUGAACAGAUCCUGGAGGAGGCCAGGGAGGAGGAGCAGCCUAACGGGCCCAAGCCGGUCUAA